UCGCAUAGCAAACUUGACAUAUUUCUGAAAUUUUCAUCCACUAAAUAUCAUGAUAAUUUCACUAUCUUAGAAACAAACAAUAACAUAUUUGAUGCACCCAAUAUGUAACAUAGAUGGCACAGUACCUGUCACAUCCGUCCAGCAAAUCAAAAGUCUAAAAUGUCCUUAUUCAAAACAAGAGAUUGGUGGUCAACCACAGCAGGAGAAGAUGAAGAGUUUGAUCAAGGCUGCCUGUGCGUCGCCAAUGUUGACAAUAAUUCUAAUGGGUUAGAUAAGAUAGUUCUUGGUAGUUACCAUGGUAUACUCAGAAUAUACAGUCCCUCUCCGUCCAAGACAGAGAGUGGAGAUUGGUCCGGUUACCGUCCGCAAGAUGUCCUGUUUGAAACACAACUGUCUCAGCCCAUCCUCCAGAUAGAAGCAGGGAAAUUUGUGUCUGGGUCAGAUAAUCUUCACUUGGCUAUUCUUCAUCCAAGAAAACUGGUCGUCUAUGGAAUAUCGAGUUUGACUGGUGCUGUUGACCACGGUAAUCAGUAUCAGCUGAACAUCAACUACGAACACAAUCUACAACGGACGGCAUUCUGUUUCUGUUACGGUCCGUUCGGAGGGGUCAAAAGCAAAGACUUCAUCUGUGUCCAGUCCAUGGACUGUACCUUGUCCAUAUUUGAGCAGGAGGGUUUUUCAUUCAGCCGGUUCCUGCCCGGGUCCCUCCUACCCGGUCCACUGAAAUAUAUCGCCAAGACGGAUAGCUUUGUGACGGUGUCAUCUACUAGACAUGUAGAAAGCUACAAGUACCAGGUACUGGCUGUGGCCACUGACAACAGAUCUAAGGAAGAAUCACAAAAUAUCAAAUCGGGCAAAAAAGUUGCAGCUGACUGGACGUUCAAUGCCGGUGAACAAGCCCUCGAUAUCGCUGUCGUCUCCAGCAGGGUUUAUGUCCUCGGGGAAAGGAACUUAUUCUGUCUCAUUGAGAAUGGCAAACUGUUCUUUAUGAAGAAGUUUGAGUUCACUCCAAGUAGUUUUUGUCCAUUUUAUACAAGUGGUGAUGAGACUGUCGUACGCUACAUGGUUGCAACUCACACCAAGACAUUGAUGAUCUACGAGGACGUCACAUUGAAAUGGGCCGCACAACUCAACUAUAUUCCUGUGCAAAUAAAAACUGGAACCUUCAGGGGUCUGCGAGGUGUGAUCACAACACUGGAUGACAGGGGCCAUUUGGACUGCUCCUACCUCGGUACAGAUCCGUCCAUCUUUGUCGCACCCGCCUCCGAAUCUCGCGAGAUUGACUAUGCCAAUCAGGACACUGAGAUGAAGGAUCUUUCACGGGCUAUCAAGGAGGCGCAGAAUAAGAGCAGUUUUGUUCCCUCUGUCAAGUCUGAGGAUGAGAUACAAAUAUCGGCGGACAUUCCGAGGCAUCUGGAUGAAAUAUCGAGAGCUCAGGGUGACAUCAUUCAAGACGAAGAUGUGAUUCCAUCCCUCACAGUCACGGUAAUGAUAAAAGCCAAGGCGCACGUCUCCAAUGUUGUCGUCAGCAUCCAUGUCCCCCCACCACUAACAGUCAAUGAGAGCUCAUUUACAUUCAACACAAUAAGUCCAAACACCCCAUGUGAAAUCUCAGCGACUUUCUACAUCAAAGACAACUAUCUGCCAAGUGAUCUGGUUGCCAAGGCAACUGCUACUUAUCAGAACAUGGCUGGUGCGCCAAGAGUUUCACAGACAACCUUCCGUCUGCCUGCAAAACUUGUGAUCAAGGCGUGUGCUCCGAUCAAGAAUGCCAACUACAAAGUGACCAUUGAUACAAAUAAACCACCGGUCAACCUCAAUGACCUGUUCCCAGAUCUUCUUGGUGACUAUGCUGAUGGUCCCGGCAAUGCCUUGGGGUUCCAGUACUAUGGGGGUCCUGUGGUCACAAUGUUGGCAUCAAAGACAUCACAGCGCUACCGUCUUCAGUGUGACAGCUUCGAACCAAUGUGGCUACUCGCCAACGAGCUCGUCAACCGACUGAGCGGUUACUUUAAGGGUAAAAACCAAGAUGGAUUCCAGGCAUCCUUUAGCGGUGCACUGCCGCUGCAUGAAUAUUUUGAGGUCCUGGAACAACAUUUUGAAGUGCGUUCAAACCAAAAUAAGUACAAGGACCUUCUUGCCCAGAGGGCAUCCCAGUUCCGUGCCAUUCAACGCAGACUGCUGACCAGAUUCAAAGAUAAAACGCCUACACCGUUGUCGAAUUUGGAUACAUUACUGGAUGGUACUUACAGACAGCUCCUAGCCCUCGCAGAUGCCGCAGAGGAAAACGUGCGUAACCUUGCCAGGGUCUCGAGCUCUCUCAGUGCUGCCACCUACCUUCUUAAUCUACUGAUACUAUUGUGGACCAACAUGUCCGAUAAGGAGUUCUACGUGCUGCAGAGCAGUCUGUGUCCGCAGGUUAACGAUUCUGAAGACCAGGGCUGGGAAGAGAUGGUCGACUGUGCGAUCACACAUCUGCUGCGGACCUGCCUCGCCAAGAACUCCAAAGACCAAGCCAUCAAUCCAUCCCCUCUCACCCCGCCGAAAGAUACGCAAAAACUUAAGAAGCAUAUCGCGCUACUCUGUGAUAAACUUAGCAAGGGUGCCAAGCUGGUCAUUGAAGGCCUUCCGCAGGACAUCGACACCAGCCUACCUGGGCCGGCUCCGAUCCUCCAAGCGGACAAUAACCUGCCAAGGAAGAAGAAAACCCAACCGAUGCUAUCAGACGACAUCGUUGACGAUGGCACAAACUUGGGCGAAGCAGCCGUCCCGAUCGGAAGCAAAUUUGGCGAAAUAAAAAGUCCACGGAAUAAGAAGCCAAAGAAGAAAAAACCAGCGGAGGAGGAGGAGGUUUCACCGCUUGCAGGGCCAAGUGAUGGGUUAUUAGAUCUUGGAAACCUGCCUCCGAUACCUGGUGGCAACCGGCUUGGAGAUGGAUUCCGAGAACUACAAAAACAGCAGAAGAUCCGAAAUAACGUGCCGGACCUGGAUGACUUGAAUUCUGAACAGCCCCCGCCGUAUCAGAGCUCACCACCGCCGUACGAAGACGAAAAUACGUUAAUAAAUGGCAGUGGCCAUGGGGCAGGAGAGAAACUGUACUCUUUAUAGAAAUGAGGGGGUUGAUUUAAAUGUUACAAGCUGACGGCCACCGUUUGGAGGGCAGUUGCUGCAAUGGGACAGGUGAAAAACUUUACUCUACUAACAAAAGGGGAGGCGCCUGAAAGUAGGUCUCCACAGUAACCUGGGUGGUUUUGUACCUUUGGGGGGUACACAAACGCAAGUGUUAAAAACAACAUCCAGUUUCUUUCCCUGCCCAUGAUGUGUCAGCUUUAAGCUUUGUGACAGGACGUUUUCACCUUGAAAUUUGUCAAACCUUUUUGCAGUGUUUAUACCCAUGACAGUGCUUUGCUUUAAUGAUGUUUUAAAAAGAGAUUCCAAUGCUUAUUCCGUCCAGUUAUUCAUCCAUUCAUCAUAAAGUUAGGCCUUGUCUGCUCAUCCUGGUACAGAUAUUAGGCUCUUACAGAUAUCUGUUGGCAGUGAAAUGAACGUCCCAAGGCUUGAGAGUGUUGUAGUGCCAUUCAGAUUCUGUUUCUGAUCGCCACUCAGUGUCCAGGACUACGCUAAUGUGUAUGAACAAUUCCUCAUUCAGUGCUCAAUUCUUGAAACAUUUAAACUUCAACAGAAUGUUUUGUUGAAUAGGCUGAUUCAGGGCUGAUAUGAAAAGAUCUGUGAAGGCCCUGAAUUAGCAUGUUGAACUUCAAUAUGCUGCUGAGGCUAAGGGCCAAUACUUCUAGUCUGUACCGGGUUGGCUUAUGAUAGGGAGGAGCACUUUUGUGGAGACGUGUACAUGUUUUUGCAUACCAGGGGUCCUAAAAAUCAGAAAAAACUGUGUACCUUACUUGAAGUAGCGAUACUCCAAGUAAAUCCUAAAUACAUUUCUUUGUCUUCAUUUUUCAUGACUUAGAAGGGGCCUUUGUUCUUCUGUGUCCAUUCUUCUGUAAGUUUUUGUACAUUCUUGUUAGGCUGAUAUACAUUCUGACAUACAUUCUUCAUACAUACUUCUGUACGAGACAGUCAGUGCAGUUUCAGUGGUGUAACGCCUGCUCUUCUGACGUAUGAAAACUCAGUCUUAUUGGGUAAGAGAUGUAUCAAGUUCAUAGGAGGCCAUUACUUGAAUCGGGUUGUUCUUAAUACUAUGCUUGUACAUUACCGUUAGAGCAGAUCUGUUGGAUUCUUGUUGUUUAUAAUGUGAUUGUGAAUAUGUUGUUGUUAAGUAACUAUAGUGACAUCCAUCUGCUAAAGGGACAAUGAUUUUAAAAAGGGCUGUACUUAAUUAUGUGAAAAAACUAUGUUAGUCUUCUGUUUCAGCGAUUUGGAAGAUAUCCACUUUUAGAAAUAAGUUCCAUCCUCAAAAGACAGUUCCCUCUCAAAUAGUUUUAUUUUGACAAUCUUUAUUUGUGGAUAAACUGCUUGUGAAAUCUGUUUGAUUGUGUGGUUGAGUAAAGAAGAUGUGCUACAUUAGUCUAUCAUGUACUGUUUACAUGUAGAUUUGGGUUAGUUUGUUAUCAACUACAAUAUAGGUUAUCAUCUGACUUAACGGUAUUUGGUCUUAGCAGUGCAGUUUACUUAGAAAACUGUCCACAUCUAUUCAAAACGCGCACUCUGUGAAAAAAUUAUGUGCCGGUAUCUACACAAUGUCCUGUGAAUAAAAUUGAUCUUGGAAUAAGA